AUGGGUCGACGAAAGAUCGAAAUCAAGGCGAUCAAAGAUGAUCGCAAUCGCUCCGUUACCUUCCUCAAGCGUAAGGGCGGUCUGUUCAAGAAGGCGCACGAGCUCGCUGUCCUCUGCUCCGUCGAUGUCGCCGUCAUCAUCUUUGGUUCCAACAAGAAGCUCUACGAGUUCUCGUCAUGUGACAUGCAUGAGACAUUAAAUCGUUAUCAAUAUUAUGGCCCUCCCCACGAGCACAAGGGCCCCGAAGAUUUCUCUGGGAAGCGCGACGACGAUGACGAUGACGAUGAGGACACCCCGGCCCCCGAUGACAUGCACCCCACUCCCCCCCAAAAUCCACCCCCCAUGCUCCCGCCGCACAUGCAACAUCAUCCCGGUUUCCAGCACGUCCAUCAUGCCCCGUCCGCCUCACCCCCCCUUCCCAACGGCAUGCCCGUCGGCCCGCGUCACGGCACCCCCCAGCCCCAGGUCGUCUCGCGACCCUCGUCCCGCAAUAACCUCCGUCGCGUGAGCGGCCACCUGGCUCCGGGCCACCACCAGGCCACGCCACCCCCGCAGAACGGCUUCACCUACAUGCCCAAUCCCUCCGUCUACCACCCUGGGGCCCCGCCGCGACCCGGUCAUUACGCCCAGUUUGCCCACCACGGGCCCAUGCCCCCGCACACCAUGGCCCAUCACCACCCGCCGCCCCAGUCCGUCGCGCCUCCGCAACCGCAUCAUCAUGCCAUGGCCCAGCACGCGCCCGCGCUGACCCUGUCGCAAGCCCCGCCGCACCCCGCCGUCGCUCCCGCCUACUUGCCUGACCAGCGGAACUCGAUGCCUCCCACCUUUCCCACCGAACCGCCGCCGCCCCACCCCACGCGGACGGUCUCCAUGCCUGACGGCCCCGCGACCGACCAACCGCCCCGGGCGCCCCCGGUGAAGAUCGAAGGGAGCCAGUCGCCGCAGCCGCCCCCACACCCGUCCCACCAGUCCCACCCGUCCCACCCGUCUCACCCCCCGCAUCCGCCGCGGUCGCUCUCCUCCAAGUCCCGGAGCAUCUUCACGCCCAUCGACGACCGCGGCUCGGUGCUGGCGCGUCACUUCGGGCUGGGGCCUCCGUCGCCGCGCCCCGACGCGACGGACGGGGCCGGGGAGGCGUCGCGGGAGGCAUCUCCCGCCGUCGGGUCGACAGCGACGGCGCAGUCCGCCCCGCCGCCCCCUCGCCGGGCCGCCACCGACACGCCCCGGGGGACGGCGUCCGCCGAGCUCAAGCCACCGUCCCGGACCAACAGUGGGUCGGCGGUGGCCCCCAAACGGCCCCAGCUCAAGGUGCAGAUCCCCAGUGAACACUCGGAGCCGGGCAGUGCCACCGCCGACGACUCCUCGUCCGCCGGCCACAAGGCCCUCACCCCGGCCAAGGCUAACAACCCGGAUGGCUCCUCGUCCGCCGUCGUCCUCCCGCCGCCGUCCCCCUCCGCGGGCGCCCUCCUGAGCGCUGGGGCCCAGGGGCCGCCGAACCCGUUCGCCCGGCCCCCGCCCCCGGGCGCCGCGGCGCAGAACGCCGCCGCCUACGGCGCCAACAACAACAUCGAGACCCCCAUUUCGGCGCUGCCCAGCCGGUUCGUCUCGGAUGCGCUACUCCCGUCACCCUCCAGCUUUUUCCCCGAGUGGGGUUUCGGCCGGUCCGGGCCCGACAGCAACAUGCUUCCGAGCCCGCUGACCUUCCCGACCCCGUCGGGGCCCACCGGCCCGGGCUUCUCCCGCGACGACGAGCCAGACAAGAAGCGCAAGAGUCCGGAGGGGGGAGGCAGCGGUGAGGGUGCCUCCAAAAAGACCAAAACGUAGUUGCCUUCUGGUUUUUAUUUUUAUUUUUGUGGUUUGGUCUGUUUCCUAUGACUAUCCGUCUGUCGUGUCUCUGGCAUCUCAUGGCGUUCGAGCUAUGGCGUGGUUUCUCUUGACCUUCCUUGAAUGAUUUUUUUUUUGUCCCCUUGGUUUCUUUCCACGUCUCCAUAUACCCCUUCCUUAUCUUCUCUACUUUGUUGCAUGAGUGUAGAUUUGUCUGCACUGGUAUCGUCCUGUCCAUCUGGGAUCAGGCACCGAUGUCUUACUAAAAAGGACCCCACCGCACCGAGGUGGGGGCAAACACUGUUACCUUACGUUAUCUACCUAUCUAUCGAUCUACCUUGACUCUCGUCGGCUGGGCGGGUUGGGGCGGCGUUGUCUGUCUUUUUCUUCUUUCUGUGUUUCUUUUCUUUGUUCGUGAUUGGAUCUGGGUUUCUGGUUAUUACCACUGUGGAAUAAUGUAAAUAAAUGUGACUACUAUCUAGGUGUGGAAUACACUGGUUUCAUUUUAUCAUA